AUGGCUGACGAUUGGGAUACCAACGACAACACUUGGCGCACUGGAGGCGCUCCCACUUCCAACGACAUCCCUUCUGAUGAUCCUUGGAACCAUCCCAAGGGCGGCGACGUCGAGGACGGUAACGGCGAUGACCGUGCCUGCUUCAACUGCGGCCAGUCUGGUCACAGUAAGGCCGAUUGUCCUGAGCCUCGCAAGCCCUUCGAUGGCACCUGCCGCGGUUGUGGCCAGGAAGGCCACACUCGUCGCGAGUGCCCUGACACUCCUGCCAUGACUUGCCGUGUCUGUGGCGAGGAGGGACACAUUCGCAGGGACUGCCCGCAGAAGCCUCCUGAUGUCUGCCGCAACUGCCAUGAGGAAGGCCAUGAUGUCGUUGACUGCAAAGCCCCUCGCAAGAUCGACCGCAGCACUGUCCCCGAUAUCGAUGCUGAUAAGGCCUGGGUCGAGAUCAACCUGGCUAUCCAGGAGCGCGAUGGCAUUGAGGCGCAGGAGGCCGUCCAGAAGUAUCUCAAGCACUUCCCCGACAUGACAUACGUCGAGCUUGAGAAGGCCUUCCGCAGCCAGGAUAUGGGCAUCUACCUUAUCGCCACCGAGCGCGUCCUUGCCCCCACCCACACCAACAUGGAUCUCCAGGGCAACUUGGAGAAGAAGUACACUGUCCAGUACCGCUUUUCUGCUCAGCCUGACCGCCAGCGAGAGAAGGCGGCCUGGCCUUCCUCCCCUGAGGAGAACAUGGCCCGCCUCGAAGAUGCUGGAGAGCCUGUCUCUCGCCUCAUGCAGAAGUGUAGCAACUGCAAUGAGCUUGGCCAUAUUUCCAAAUCCUGCCCUCAGGAGGCUAUGGAGAAGGCCCGAGUCACCAUUACCUGCUACAACUGCGGUGAGGAGGGUCAUCGCGUUCGUGAUUGCCCUACCCCUCGCGUCGACAAGUUCGCUUGCAAGAACUGCGGCCAGUCUGGUCACAAGGUCUCUGAGUGCCCCGAGCCCCGCAAGGCCGGCGCCGACGUCGAGUGCAACAAGUGCCAUGAGAUGGGCCACUUCUCCAGAGAUUGCCCUCAGGGCGGCGGCGGCGGUGGUCGUGCUUGCCACAACUGCGGCAACGAGGGUCAUAUGUCCAGAGAAUGCCCCGAGCCUCGCAAGAUCAAGUGCCGCAACUGCGAUGAGGAGGGUCAUCUCUCCAAGGACUGCGACAAGCCUAUCGAUGUCUCCCGCAUCAAAUGCAACAACUGCGGCGAGAUGGGACAUAAGUCCUAUCGCUGCCCCAGCCCUCCCAAGGAGGAUGGCGAUAACAUGAGCCCCUCCAACGGUGUCUCGAACGUGCCCGACACUGGCGAUGAUGCCUCGGGUGCCGCCGGCGGCGGUGGUUCCACCCAGGACGCUGUCAACGAUGGCUGGUAG